AUGCGGGCGGAGCGGAAUGGCAUUUUUCAUUUAAAACCGUCAGCCCUACUGCGGAAACAAGUACGAGGCCCAGUGACCCAUUUUCGCGCUACGCAGUGUGACGUCAUUACGGCAUUGCGCUACCCGACCGACCGCAAGGGAACGUCGACUGUAUACCGUUGGAAUACGAUAGAGAUUCUAUUGCAUCGCCCCGCGCCGGGUGUCGACAAUGAAAAGUGGAGCGUAACGUUGAAAGCCACGGUCGCUUUUCGAGUGCGCUAUGAGAGGGGCGGCCUGGACAACAUGAAGUCGCUAGAGCACUACCUCACAGACAUCAUGAGGGCUGACACCUCGGAGCAUAUGAAAGGUGAGGUGUUA